AUGGAUGAGCUUCCAGGAUGCAUCUUUGCGUAUCUGAAUUAUCACGUGCCCCACACUCGGCGUGAGAUCCUUGAGGUCCUUAUCAAAGGUCUGCACCGCCUGGAGUACCGUGGCUAUGACUCUGCUGGUGUGGGUAUCGAUGGGGGGAACAGUAAGGAAUGGGAAACCAACUCCAAGAGCAUCCACCUGAUCAAACAAACAGGAAAAGUCAAAGCCCUGGAUGAGGAAAUCCAUAGGCAGCAGGAUGUUGAUCUUGAUGUGGAGUUUGAUGUGCAUCUGGGAAUCGCUCACACUCGAUGGGCCACUCAUGGCGCCCCCAGCCCUGUCAACAGCCACCCGCAGAGAUCUGACAAGAACAACGAGUUUAUUGUCAUCCAUAAUGGAAUCAUCACCAACUACAAAGACCUGAAGAAAUUUCUGGAGAGUAAAGGCUAUGAGUUUGAGUCCGAGACGGACACGGAGACCAUCGCUAAGCUAGUGAAGUACAUGUAUGAUAACCGGGAGAACGAUGCCAUCACCUUCACCACCCUCGUGGAGCAAGUCACCCAGCAACUAGAAGGAGCUUUUGUCUUGGUCUUCAAAAGUUUGCACUAUCCAGGAGAGGCAGUGGGCAGCAGGAGAGGAGGUCCAUUACUGAUUGGAGUUAGAAGUGAUCACAAGCUUUCCACAGAUCACAUCCCCAUCCUGUAUCGCUCCUCUGGUAAAGAUAAAAAGAGCUGCAAUACUCUUCCCAGAAUGGACGAGGACACGUGUCUGUUUCCUGUGGACGAGAAAGCCGUGGAGUACUACUUUGCAUCUGAUGCCAGUGCUGUCAUCGAGCACACCAAUCGGGUCAUCUUCCUCGAGGACGAUGAUAUCGCAGCAGUGCGUGACGGGCGUCUCUCCAUCCAUCGGAUCAAGCGCACAGCGGGAGAUCACCCGGCCCGCGCCAUCCAGACCCUGCAGAUGGAGCUGCAGCAGAUCAUGAAGGGAAACUUCAGCUCCUUCAUGCAGAAGGAGAUCUUUGAGCAGCCAGAGUCUGUGGUCAACACCAUGCGAGGAAGAGUUAACUUUGAGAACAACACAGUGAUCUUGGGAGGAUUGAAAGACCACAUUAAAGAGAUCCAGAGAUGUCGGAGGCUCAUCAUGAUUGCCUGUGGGACCAGUUACCAUGCUGGGGUUGCAACUCGUCAAGUACUGGAAGAACUGACUGAACUUCCUGUCAUGGUGGAGCUGGCGAGUGAUUUCCUGGAUCGAAACACUCCUGUCUUCCGAGAUGACGUGUGCUUUUUCAUCAGCCAGUCAGGAGAGACAGCAGACAGCCUGUUGGCUCUGCGCUACUGUAAGGAGAGAGGUGCCCUGACGGUGGGCAUCACCAACACUGUGGGCAGCUCCAUCUCCAGAGAAACAGACUGUGGCGUUCACAUCAAUGCUGGCCCAGAGAUUGGUGUGGCUAGCACCAAGGCAUACACAAGUCAGUUUGUGGCUCUCAUCAUGUUUGCCCUGCUGAUGUGCGAUGACAGAAUCUCAGUGCAGCCACGCAGACGAGAAAUCAUACAAGGCCUCAAAGUGUUGCCAGGUAAACACAAAUACAGCUCUGUGUGAGUGAAAGUUUUAGAAUUGUCUAGAAUUCUGCAAGAACGGCAGCUAACGUGA